UACACGUUGCAGUGUAUUCAAUUGAAGAGCAAAUAAAUGCGUGCUGAAUAUAAAUUCAACAUGCGGGAACAUUCGUUUGUGGUUAUAUUAAUAUUAUGGUGUUUUGGCCUUGUUUUGACAGACAGUUCAGAUAACUGUCAUGAUGUUGAAGUGAGGAUCGCCAAUAAGCAGCUCCUGUUUCCAUUUAAGUGGGAUACAUUUAAAUGGUUAAAAUCCGUCGUGUGUGAUAAAUACGGAACUACGAUAGGCCAGUGUAGAGGUAUAAGCGUGUUUGACUGUUCAGUUGAGCAGCCAUUUAGCGGCCUUUACACCAUGUCUUCGAAUGCUAACCUUACAGAGGUUACUUUGACUUUUAAAAUAUUCGAGGAGAACCUUGCGGGAAAUUACUGUUGUUCUAAAGAAAGCAAGAAAGAGCCCACAUGCCAGUGCAUCCAAAAAGCAGAACCACUUACUCCGAAACCGGUACCUCAUACUGAAGCGUCUACUGGAACUGGUAAUACUGCUUUAACGCGUUUAUGGUUAAAUAAAUGUUAAAUUUGAGGUUAUAUUAUAUUCGCC